CUCGCUCUGUAUUGUAUCCAUGGCCGGCCGGAGAUUGCGAUUGAACUCGUGGAACUUGGAUCCGGAGAGGAAGAGGACUGGUGGAUUGAGGACGAAGCAGGCGGGAAGAGGAUCAUGCCGUGGGAGUUAGGCGCUGGAAAUGUACGGUC